CCGCCGACGGGUCGAGACGUGUUUACCAUUCCUCGACGUGGAGGGAAAAGUUUAAGCGAUCGGCUUUAAUGUACAUUCAAAAUUCGUUGAGGGAACUGCAGUGCUUUAAGUAUGUGAACUUCACUUGUGACUCUCUUGCAAGAUGACUGUCAAUUCUUAAUAAGCUCGCGUUUGGUGUGCGAAGAACAAUGAAAGGAUAUCUCCAUCUGGUUAUCGUAUCACUGGUGGUGGCAGACGCGAGCUCAAGUGACAAACGACCUGGCUUCGUGGUGGAGCCACCGUCGCGGCUAUUGUGGCCGUCGACUCGGGGCGCACACGCGGAAUGCCGAGCAACUGGUCAUCCAACUCCCGACGUCUACUGGGUCACUGCUGAGGGGCAGGUGCUAACUACUAUCCCUGGACUGAGACACGUCUUGCCAGACGGUAAGCUAGUGCUGGGUGCUCGAAGAUCGCUUCUGGAAGCUGGUAGUGGAGCAAGCGGUGCUGUUCUCCGAUGCAAGGCGACCAACAAAGCUGGGACCGUUCUCUCUCGACCAGUAAUACUACAACCAGUGGAAGAUGGCGUGUUAACUCAUACUGCUCGGCAACUGACACCCGCCAAAGUUGGCGGUUCGGUUCUUAUGAGAUGUGAAGUAUCACCGCAGGUCGGUCUCGUGGAGGUCACGUGGCUUCAAGACGGACUUUCUCUGUCCUCAGGGUAUUUAACCAGCGAUUCGCGAUGGACAGCCGGAGCCGGUGGACUCUUACUCGGCACAGAUUUGACUCAAGCUGAUAUACAAGCAGAAUACUCCUGUCUGGCCGUAGAUACGUUAAGUCCGGCGUUAAAACUCACUACUGAUGAUAGCUGCUGGCUCGAGAAUAUAGAACUAAGUUCCGUAGAGGCUCAGACUGGAGAUACUGUGAUUCUUCCUUGUAUACUAAGGCAUGUCAGUGGUGAUUCUCUUACUUGGCAGCGACAGGACUCGAGUGGGACUUGGUCAUCAUCAAAUGAUGGUUCAGCACGUGGAGGAGCUCUUAUAUUCCCAGCAGUGAGACCGGACCAUGCAGCAAAAUAUUCUUGUUCUUACGGCUCAGGAUCUUCGCAAAGACUGCUCAUUCGAUUAAUAGUUUACGAACCUUUAAUUUUGACUGUCGCCCCAAAUCCGUUGACAUUAGGGACUGGUGGUACAGGGCAAUUUAACUGUUCGGUUCGCGGUGGACGUGGUAAUGGGAUUACCUUGAGCUGGCAACAUGAAGGGCGCCCCCUUCACGCUCCACAAGCACGCCUGUCCGUCGGACCAGUACGUUCUCAUCACGCUGGUACAUAUCAAUGCACCGCUCACGACCACACUGACACGGCUGUUGCUGGCGCUGAACUUGUCCUCGCUGACAGACCACCGAGACUGGUAUCGACGUUUAGUGAAGCUGUUACGAGGAUAGGACAGAGUAUAGCUUUGAAAUGUGCAGCUACUGGCUUACCAUCCCCUCGCAUACUUUGGACUUUAGACGAUAGACCACUUCCAUCAGCGCCAGACAAGUAUAAUGUAAAUACUAGAGGAGAAACUGUGCCUGGUGCGGAUGAAGGAACUGUAGUUUCCACACUUAGUAUCACAAUUAGAACUGCUGAUGAAGGUGGACGAUAUGGAUGUAACGCAACCAAUUCUAGGGGAUCGCACGUACAUCAUGCUAGAUUAAAUGUUUACGGGCCACCAAAUAUUAGGUAUUUACACGCGAUUCACGUUAAAACUGACAAUGAUGUGAAACUGCACUGCCCUUAUUCAGGGUAUCCAAUCAAGGAGGUAGUUUGGCGUCGCGAGGAUGGUUCGUUAGUAGACGUAGCAAUGGAAGCUGGUGAUGAACGAGGAAUACUUAGAUUACAUUCUGUAAGGAGCGCCGCGUCAGGAAGCUACACUUGUGAAGUCCGAGCUGAAAGUGGAGAACUUGCAAGAAGAACUGUUCGCAUUGAAGUUCACAAGCCGCCAAAGAUAGCGGAUUUUCAUUUUCCGGAAGAAUUAGAAGUUGGUGGUAGUACUCAAGCAACAUGCAGUUUGAUAACAGGAGAUAAACCAAUACAGUUCACGUGGCACAAAGAUAAUUUACCAAUACCUUCUGCGCUUAAGACGGAGCAAAAAAACAUGGAUUUCUUUUCUAUCCUAAUCAUACAAGACCUAACAUCAGCUCACAGUGGCGAAUACACCUGCAAAGCAUCAAACGAUUUUGGUAGCGUAAGUCACAGUGCGCCUCUAAUUGUGAAAGAGUCACCAACCUGGGUAUGGCGAGCACAAAACAUUUCAGUGUCAGCUGGUGCGGUACUUCUGUUGCCAUGUUCUGCUAAAGGACAACCGACUCCUAGGAUAUCCUGGGAAUAUUCUGCUGAUGGUGAUAAUUGGCGACAUGUCCUAUGGAGUCAAUCAGAGGCAUCAGACAUGGGAGGUGGCUCAGUACUUUCAGAUGGAACAGUUUGGUUGAAAGAGGUCACUCCCGGACACGAGGGCUGGUACAGAUGUACAGCAAGAGUUCAACAUUCAUUCUUGCACCAUUCCUUUUAUUUAGAUGUUAGAGAGCCUCCACGAUUGACAAGGGGCGGUGGAGGUGGAGAAACUCGAUGGGUGGUGAGAGGGGCUACGGCUCGUUUGACUUGCACAGUUAGAGGAGAACCAGAAAUUCACGUCCAUUGGACGCACGAUUCGAGACCUUUGGCUUUGCAUGGAUCGGGGGGGAUAGAAACCAGAGACACGAACAGCGGUAUAAUUACUUCGGAAAUGACUAUAAACCACGCAGGACCGGAGCAUGCGGGCGAGUACCGGUGCUUAGCAAGGAACUUGUAUGGGGCCGACGAACUUGUCUUCAGACUAUUCGUGAAAGAACGCCCGAGUAUACCAGAGGAAGUACGCAUAUCUGACGUUUGGCCACGUAAAGCCCGUAUCACGUGGAGGAUGGCGAGAGGCGCUAUGGUAUCACAUUAUUCGAUACAAUACAGAGCAUUAAACCGAGAGCUAACGACUGCACCGCUUGACGCUCCGCUACCCGCUCUGCUCGACACCUGGGACACUCCCGAAGUACUCAAUCUGACAUUAGGAAACUCAGAUUUGCUACAUGUGGCGUCUGAAGGUCCGAGCCGAGCCGGUGCUUUUGUGUCAGGCUUGUCACCUGACACUCGAUACGCAUUACGGGUAGCCGCUUACAACGACGUUGGAGCAUCGUCUUAUACAGCACCUCUACACUUCACUACCCGGGAGGAAGCACCCGGAGGAGCUCCCCGCGAUAUCACUGUACGAGCACUAAGAGCUCGUGAACUUCACGUCACAUGGCAGUCUCCACUUCGAGAAACAUGGCAUGGAACUUUACUAGGAUAUACCAUACGUUGGUGGGAGGUAUCGGAGGUAAACAAAGGCGUUCUCACCGAGGGUCCUGGUUCUGAAAGUGGAGCAAGCGCAGAUGCCACUAGUACGACUCUUAGAGGUUUGAAAGCUGCAACAAGGUACGGUGUUACCGUAAAAGCUUACAAUGCAGCGGGCACUGGUCCACCUUCACCGCCUCAUUACCGAUACACAUUGGAAUCAGCACCUACUGGAGGUCCUGAAGGUGUGGAAUGUAAAUCAAGUGGUGCAACAUCCCUCCGUGUUUCUUGGAGUCCGCCAGCCUUGGAUUCUCGUGGCGGUCUGAUCACCCAUUACACUGUACAAUACACGAGGAGAGAUACUGAUCCUAUGCUGCUUACCCAAGAUGCUUAUCUUCGUGUGCAGGGCGAAGAAGCGACCAUAUCUCGAUUAACGCCAUACGCUGAAUACGAAAUAAGAAUUAGAGCUCACACUGCAGCCGGCGAUGGACCACUCUCAACACCUCAAGUCUGCAGAACUGAUGAAGAUGUUCCAAGUGCACCAGGAGGAAUAAAGCUGAUCGCUUUGGGCGAACGUUCCCUAAGAGCGUCUUGGCUUCCACCACCAGAACCAAAUGGAAAACUAACCCAUUACACUUUAUUUGUUAAAGACUUAUCAGGAUCUCACGAACCAAAUUUGACAAAAGUGAAUGCGUGUGCGGAAAGCGAAGGCAGUUCCGGAGAAUGUAUGAAAUCUUUGCGUGGAUUAAGACCGAGUAGAACCUACGAAGCUUGGGUACGAGCAGCUACAGUUGCCGGAGACGGACCUCCUUCGGCUGCUGUGGCUUGUCAAACUAACGCUUUAGCGCCGGCUCGUAUUUCUUCAUUCGGUGGUAUAGCUAUAGGAACCGCGGGUGGUUCUUUGUCUUUAAGAUGUGUUGUGGGUGGUGCUCCACCACCGGCUAAGCGGUGGCUCAGAGGUGGUAGUCCCACCCAUCCCAGACCACCGUUUCAUCUCGAUGGCGAUGCUUUAUUGAUAAGAGGUCUAGAGCUAUCACAUGCCGACAAUUACACGUGCGUUGCUGAGAACCCUCACGGCUCUGAUUCAGUAACUUGGAAGGUUAUUGUGUUACGUCCACCUGCACCUCCUGGGCUCAUGUUAUUAGAGGCCAGAUCGAGAGAAUUAGAACUAGACUUAAGGCCGGCACAGAGAGCACAAGGGCAUGCAGUAGCAAAGGUUUUUACUAUACAUUGGAGACUAGCGUCGCUCGAGGGUGAGUGGCGAACUCAAUCCGCCACUCCAGGUCCGAUAAUACUGACCGGACUACGUUGUGGAUCAGCAUAUAGAGUGUACGGAUCAGCCGGUGGUGCUCCUGGCUCUGAGCUCACUGUUCGUACAUCUGGAGGUCCGCCUAUAGCUCCUCCGGACGCUAGAUGGAUCAGAGCUAAUGCAACUCACGCUAGGUUCGAUACUAGUAUUUGGGGAGAUGGGGGGUGUGGACCAGUUGCUCUUAAGUUAGAGUGGGCAGGAUCUGGCUUAGCCGGAGCUAGAGAUGUCCCUGUGGGAGGUGAAGUUAUUUUAGGUGGUUUAUCCCCCGGUGCAAGAUAUCGUCUUGCAGCCAGAGCUUCUAACGAGGCGGGUUGGACCCGUGAAGUUUAUGAAUUUACAACAACACUCUCAGAAGGAGGAUUUGCCGAGGAAGUCGAUGCUCCAUUCCCAGCUACCGCGGGAGAAUUAGCACUGCUUCUGGCACUAUGCGCCGCCCUGUCUUUGGCUGCCUUAACUAUAUUAGCUAUAUUAUUAAGGAGAAAAAGGUCGGAUGGCGCGGCCGCGAGGGUAUCCACAAGCGCUGAGAAGCCGAACUGCGGUACAUACAAAGGGACACCACAUCAAGCGCCAAAGCUACCCCCCGAUCCACCAGAUGUGUACGAAAUAAGCCCUUAUGCAACGUUUGCUGGAGGACCGGGUUCAACGGCGGGUGCGUCUCGCGCGUACACUUUGCAGCUGCGGGCGCUCGCUAGGCACGACGAUGACGCGGCGCCACCACACCCUCCAUGCUGCGACGAGGAAACCUGCGUGGACGCAUGUGACGGCCAACGUAGACGCAGACGACGCAGGCACUACUGCCCUGAUCACGGUUGUUCUCAAGAUUCUGGAAGUUGAAAAUCUAACCAAAAACAAAUUUUAGUGAACAUAUAUUAUCUAGUCAUUGUAAUUAGUAUUUCGAUCAUACAUACUACUAUGUAUACAAAAAUUUGUACAAUAAUAUUGUCUAUUUAUUA